AGAAAAUAACCAAAUUUCAUAUAUUGCAAAUCUGUUUCUCAAAAGCUGAGAAUGGGUUUGUUCAUGAUGAAAGUAGUAGCUUACACAAUUUUGUAGAACAGCCAUUAAUUAGUAGAGAUCACAUUCACCGCUACAUAAAUAUGUAUAGACCACAAAGAAAUGGGAAGUCGCCCAGCUCAGGGGAGAGGAUUGAUUUCAGGUUUUCAAAUUUUCAAGCUCUUCAGGUACCAAAAGUAUGGGACAAGCUUCUAGUGUCCAUAAUCUCUGUGGAAACAGGAAAAACAGUUGCAAGAUCAAACAAAGCUUUGGUGAGAAAUGGAAACUGUCAAUGGACAGAAACUCUAUCCGAAUCUAUCUGGAUUUCACAUGAUGAUUCUUCAAAAGAGCUUGAAGAACAUCUCUUUAAAUUCGUUGUUUCCAUGGGUUCUGCUAGAUCUGGCAUUCUUGGAGAGGCAACUGUAAAUAUUGCACGCUACUAUACAAGUUCAAGAUCAUCUGCCCCACUUUCAUUACCUUUAAAGAAAUGCAACCAUGGCACAGUUUUACAGGUCAAAAUCCAGUGCCUAACACCAAGAACAAAGCUCAGGGUUGAAGGUUUAAAAGUAGAAGCCAUGGAUGAAAGUUAUGAUGAUGCAUUAAGCAGAUCGAAUGGGUCAGCUGCUUCAGUUGACUUGAGUGCUAAAUCCUCUCAAAAUCAAGACUUGAAUCCCACUUCACUUCUUGGAAAGAUUAAAAUCAUGGAAACAAGUUAUGAACCAUCUGGAUCGAAUCAAAACAAUGAUUCGGCUGAAUAUUCUUUAGAAAAAGAGAGAUUCUAUCGAAACAAUCAUAUAAAUGGAAUCAAGAACAAGCUUAAUGGGAAUUCAAGAAACAGUUCACCUCGAAGCAAUUACCCUAAUGAAGAAGAUCUUUCUAUAUCAAAAUCAAACAACUCAUCUUUCAAAUCAAGAAUAACUCAUGAUGAUCAAGAAGAAGAGUAUGAAGAAAGCCCGCCACCUGUCCUUCCCACAUCAUCAAUGCCAAACACUGGUUCUUCAAAGAACCUUCUAGAAGCAGCUGAAGACACAAUUGAAGAGCUUCGUGAAGAAGCCAAAAUGUGGGAGAGGAAUUCACAGAAGUUGAUGCUUGAUUUGGAGAUCUUCAAAGAAAGAUUCUCUGAUCAAUCCAAGAAUCUUACAGAUUCUAAAAUGGAGCUUUCAGCAGCACGCAUGGAACGUGAUGGCAUGAAGAAAGAAGUUGACCAACUUAAAAGAUUGGUGGAGGUCAAACAGAAGGUCAAAGUGGAGUCAACAUAUAAGUCAGAAAGUGGAUCACAACUUCUAAAAGAACUUGAAAUCGAGCUAAAAGCUCAUAAAGAAUCAAACACUGAUUUGUCUCUACAACUGAAGAGAAAUCAAGAAUCGAAUAUUGAGCUUGUGUGUAUUCUUCAAGAACUAGAGGAAACCACAGAAACACAAAGAGCAGAAAUCGAAGAACUUUUGGAAGUCAAAUCAAAGUUUAAUGAUUUAGAAAAGUCUUUCAAUUUCAAUUUGGUGGAAAUCAGAAGCUUACAACUUAACUUGCAACAAAUGGAGGAAUCAGAGAAAACAUUACAAGCAAACAUGCAGAUUCUUGAACAAGCUUUAGAGAACAAAAUCAGUGAUUUAGAAAAUGAACGAAUUUCAAAUAGCCACGCUCUAUCACUUCUUGAAAAAGACUACAAAACUAACUUAUCCAUCAAAGAAGAAGAAAUCAACAACUUGGAGUCAAAACUAUCUGAAAAAACACAAUCUGAAUCACAACAAAUGCGUGAAAUCCAAGAGCUUCAACAAAAAGUUAGUGAGGUGGAAAAAGAAUGCAGCGAAUUGACCAAUGAAAACUUGGAGCUUCUUUGUGAGAUUAAAGAAUUGAAGAAAAAGAUCCAAGAGAGAAAUAUGGUUAUUGAAGAAGAUCAAAAGGUGAUAAAAGAUUACAAUUUGAAAAUCCGGGAACUAGAGAGGUUGAAUGAAGAACAAGAGGAUCAAAUUUCUGAUCUUGAAAAGGAGAAAGAAGAGUUACAAGAAAACAUGGAAGAUGCAUUGGAAGAGAGCAAUAUAACAUCUAAAUGUUUGGAUAAUUUGAGAAAUGAUCUCAUGGUGCUUAGUAGUAGUGUUGAUUCGCAAGUUUCUGCUAAUAAGUUACUUGAACAGAAAGCGUUUGACUUGGAAAAAGUCAAACAUGAAGCCGAGCUUCGGUUGUUUGAAGUGGAAGAAGAGAAUAUCCGGUUAUCAGAAAGUUUGACUUCACUAGAAAGUCAACUGAGACGUAUGAAAGAUGAGUUACAAGAAUCUCAAUCUAUGAAAUUUGAUCUUCAAAAUGAGGUUGAAAAGUUAUAUGAUAUUGAAAAACUACUAUUGGAAGCUCAAGAAGAAUGUGGAAAUUUGAAAUCCGAAAAGAAGAAACUUCUAGAAUCUUCCGAGGGGCUCGUUGAGGAAUGUAGUAAUCUUGAGAAGUUGUAUGAAGAGAUGAGAAAGGAAAAGGGAGAGUUGAGUGAAAAAUGUUCUCGUUUGGAGGUCGAAUUAAUGGAAGCUAGGGGCAAUUUGGUAAUUUCUUCUGAAAGGUUGGCUAGUUUAGAGGAAAAACAUUCUUCUAUGUUGGAAGAGUAUAUGUUUAAAGAGAAGAGUCUUUCUUCACAUUUGGAUGAACUUAAUCAAGAAAACUGGAAGUUAAAAGAGAAAGUUACAAUGGAAGAAAGUUUGUUGAAUCAAAUGUAUUUAGAGAAGACUUCCGAGAUUGAAAACUUCCAAAAAGAGGUACAACAUUUACAAAAUGAAAUUUCACAGCUUCAUGAACAAAAGUCAAAGGUGGUUUCCGAAAAGUCAAAGCUAGAAUCUUCUUUGAAAGAAAUUCGUUCAAGAAAUGAAUCGAUUGAAAACCAACUUCAAACUCUUCAUAAAGAAUCUGAAUCCAAGAUUCAAGACUUGGAAACUGAGCUUAUUGCCAUUAAAGAAAGCAAUAAAAAACUGAUGACAGAUCAUGAAAAGAAAUCAAAGGUGUUGUUUGGUUACAGAAUAAGAGAAGAGAGAAGAAAGACAAUGGAAAAUGAUCUAGAACUUAAGCUUACAGUUUCAGAAUAUGAACGCCAACAACUCAUUGAAGAAGCUUCAAAGUUAAAAGAUAAGUUGCAGAAAACCUCGAAUCUUGACAAUGAAGUAAUGGAUCAUAAACGAAAGCUUGAUAAACUAAAGUAUGAAAAGAACAAUCUAGAAGCUUCUUUUCGUUCACUUUCUAGUAGUUUUGAAGAGGUUAAAGAAGAAAAGAUUUCGUUUCUUGAAAAGAUAUCUACCUUAGAGGCAUCUGUAAAAGAGUAUGAGGAAUGUAAACAUGAGAAGAAUGUUCUAGAAGAAAAGAUAAUGCAACUGGAGGGAGAUCUAAUGUCUAAAGGAGCAUCACGUUCUUUAGAUUCUGAGAUGAAAAAUGAGCUUAGUAGAAUCAAGAGUGCAAAUUUGCAAUAUCAGUUGAAAGUUCAACAAAUUGAAGGCGAAAAGAAUGAAUGCUUGAAGAAAGUUCAUGCUUUAGAAGAAGAUCUAAGACUUUUGUCAACAAAAUCAGGGAGUAAAUCGGGUGUUCAUGAGACACAUUCUCAAGAGGAUAUUGAUAAUGCAGAAAAAAUAGAGAUGCUUGAAGCACAGCUUGAUGAGGCUCUUGAUGCAAAUAACAAGUAUAGAGCUCAACUCAAGAGGCUAAAAUCCGAGGGGCGUAAUAGUCUUUCAUCAAAUCCUGGAAAAUCUAAGGCUGAAGGUGAUUUGGUAACAAAAGAGAGAUUUGAAAGGACAAAAUCGUCAUUAGAAACAGAGCUAAAAGACCUUCGUGACCGUUACCUUGAGAUGAGCCUCAAGUAUGCUGAAGUUGAAGCCGAAAGAGAAGAUCUUGUAAUGCAGUUAAAAAUCAACAAUAGCACAAGGAGACGAUUCCAGUUUCUUGAAAACCAAUAAAAAAAUACAAACUAUUUGUUAUAUCAAGAUUAAUAGUUAAGCUAAAUAAUCAUUAAGGCACAUAAUGACAUGAAUGUGAGUCUAUGUCUAUUGAGAACACUUUACCAC